AUUUAAUAAAGCAUUUAUUAUAAGUACAUCAAUAAGUUAUUUGACAAAGAGUUAUUUGAGUUCCUAUUGCUAAGAGUGUGUGAAACAAAACUUCCCUAUUACAAUGAAUACGUGUGUAUUGUUUGCAGUGUUGGCCGUAUGGCUGGCCAUUGGCCGGACAGCACCGGUAGAUCAGGCACCAGGGGCUCAGGAUCAGGGAAACUCCACUGUACCUGUCAACUCUACAGACACCACGUUCAAACCUGAUAACACUACUACUACUACUAAACCGGAUCAGCUAAACAACUCAACAGAUACAGGAAAAGAUGACAAAACUGCCACAACCACCGUUGGUAACUCUACUAAUACCACUGGUAACUCUACUACUGAGCCACCGCGACCGACCAGUGCCGACAAUAGCACGUCCACUACUGCCAACUCCGGGUCAUCGAUGCCGAGCAGUUUGGCGCCAAUAGUGGCCAACAACGAGACGUCGAGCACAACCGAGACCUCAACUGAGUGCGGGGGCUAUACGGCUAGUACUGAGGGUAUGGUGCAAACGGUGCACCGACACGGAGACAGGAGUCCAUGUAUUUCAUACCCUACCGACCCGUUCAACAACGAGGACCAGUACUGGCCCGACGGCUACAGUCACCUCACGAUCGUUAGUAUUGCCUGUGAUUUGCAAUUUCAGAAAGGGAAACAACGGAUGUACUCAUUGGGCAAAUACCUGCGCAAACGGUACGACCACUUCUUGGGCACCAGUCCUCGGGAGGCGUGGGUCCGGAGCUCAGCCCGCGAACGGUGUCUGGAGAGCUCGGCUAUGUUGUUGGCCGGCCUCUACCCGCCCACUGACCGUUGGGUCUGGAACGGCCAGUUGGGCCAUAUCUGGCAACCGGUGCCCAUCAAAACCGUCGAGUUUGAAAAUGACGGCAUGUUAAACCCGGACUCCAACUGUCCGAUGGCAGUCCGAGUGAUGGCACUGAUAGAUCGGUCGCCGGCUGUGCAACAGUUUUACCGCAAAUAUAAGCCGUUGUUGGCGUUCAUUGAGCAGAAGAGCGGUAUGAAGAUUGGCCACUACUGGGACGGCAGAGAUCUGUUUGACACGCUGUACGUCCAGCGCCAGAAUCAGUACUCUUUGCCCGAUUGGGUCAACCAAACCGUAUGGAAAUGUUUGCAACAAUUUAACGUAAAGUCAUUUGUGUUCGACUCGUCCAACGCUGCCAUACGAAGACUCAGAGCUGGUGUCAUAUUGAAAGACAUGUGCGAUCGGAUGCGGGACUCAAUUGAUGGCCAGAAAUCUAAACACAAAGUUUUUCUCUACUCUACGCACGACACACAACUAUCUGUGUUGCUGUCGGCGCUCAACAUCUACAACGGCAUACCUCCGCCGUACGGAUCGACUAUUAUGUUCGAAUUAUACGAAACCAAUUGCGGUGACGAUCGCAAGACAAGUGACGGUAAACAACAAUUGUCUCAACAAUCGCAACAACCAAUUGGUCACAGACUGGAAGUGCAUUACUUGAAUGUCACCGAAUCGGAGAAGUCAUACCUCCUGGCCGUCAAUGGCUGCGCGUUUGGCGCCCGAAACGAGACAAUGGUUUGCGAUGUGAAACACUUCUUGGAUUCGCUGAAGACAUUGAUUGUCGACAAUUGGGACGACGAGUGCAAAGACACGUAUUGGAGGCGACUCUUCCGGAACAUUGAAUUAUAGACUCAUUUUAUAUAAAAUUUGGUUUUUUGUGAAACAAUUUAAUAAUUUUUUGUUUGUUAAUUGGUU